UUUCCUCUGCCCAGUCCUGGGGUCCCGCGGCCGCCUAGGAGGGAGCCCGCCGGGGCAGGGCGGGGCGGGGCCGGGUGCCCAUGAACAGCGGGGUCCCGGCCACGCUGGCCGUGCGGAGAGUGAAAUUCUUCGGCCAGCAUGGCGGGGAGGUCAACUCUUCUGCCUUCUCCCCCGAUGGCCAGAUGCUGCUCACAGGCUCAGAGGAUGGCUGCGUGUAUGGCUGGGAGACCCGGAGUGGGCAGCUGCUGUGGAGGCUGGGUGGCCAUACAGCCACCCGCCCAGGCCCCGUGAAGUUCUGCCGCUUCUCCCCUGAUGGCCACCUCUUCGCCAGCGCCUCCUGUGACUACACUGUCCGCCUGUGGGAUGUGGCAAGAGCGAAGUGUCUGCGGGUCCUGAAGGGUCACCAACGGAGUGUGGAGACGGUCAGCUUCAGCCCUGACUCGAGACAGCUGGCAUCAGGUGGCUGGGACAAGCGGGUGAUGCUCUGGGAAGUGCAGUCCGGCCAGAUGCUGCGCCUCUUAGUCGGGCACCGCGACUCCGUCCAGAGCAGCGACUUCUCACCCACGGUGAACUGCCUGGCCACCGGCUCCUGGGACUCCACCAUACGCAUCUGGGACCUGCGGACGGGGACCCCAGCAGUCUCCCACCAGGCGCUAGAGGGACACAGUGGCAACAUCAGCUGCCUGUGCUAUUCAGCAUCUGGCCUCCUGGCAUCCGGCUCCUGGGACAAGACCAUCCACAUCUGGAAGCCCACAACCAGCAGCCUGCUUAUCCAACUGAAGGGCCACGUCACCUGGGUGAAGAGCAUAGCCUUCUCUCCCGAUGAGCUGUGGCUGGCCAGCGCCGGCUAUUCCCGCAUGGUCAAAGUCUGGGACUGCAACACAGGAAAGUGCCUUGAGACCCUGAAGGGAGUCCUGGAUGUGGCCCACACCUGUGCCUUCACCCCAGAUGGGAAAAUCUUAGUGUCUGGAGCUGCCGAUCAGACUAGAUGUCAAAUAUCCCGUACGUCCAAAUCACCCAGGGACCCUCAAACCUAACACCACCUCAGAUGGUGCCGACCUCACCCGCUCCCCUCAGUGGCGCACAGGCAUGCCGCUUCUCACCACAGGCGCGAAGUGACUGUGCCGGCAUCCAACAGAUCCCCAUGGCCAGGACUCUCCCAGCCCCCACCAGAGCAGACAACUGUGGUUUGCAGGAUGCUUGCUGGAACCCAUCAGACACCUGGUCCCCAAAACCAGACCCGCCCACCUCCACCCAAUCAGUGGAAAUGCCAGGAAACAAAGCAGUCUCAGCCA